AAACAACUAUCAUCUCCUCCCUCAGUGCGUCACUGCAACCAAACAACCACUAAACCAAAGGAUAUUACCAAAGAAGCCAAAAUGAACAUCCUCCUCCUUUUCCUAAGCCUCCUCCAACUCAUCAGCGCCGCCAAAUCCGGCACUUACAACGCCGGCUGGCCCGUGGCCGGCACCUGGGUGGCGACCGACACAGUGUUCGCGCGCGAGACCGGCAUCGACAAGUAUCGGUUCACCAAGGCGGACGGAAUCAUCUACACGUACCAGCUGGACAUCAACGUGGCCGAGGUACAGGGGUCCUUCGGCAGCACGUACGUGUUUUACGACUCGACGGACGAGUAUUACCUCACUGUCUUCACGCGCGGGGUGCACACAGUCAAUUUCAAUACCCAGGAUCCGUAUAUUCUGCAGGUUAAGGUUGUCGAGGGUUGAGCUUGAUAAUCUUUGAGCCUGGGGGUGGGGGAGCUGGUUUGAGAAAUGGAUUUAUGGUAGUUGUGGUAUGGGCUGGAGGGAUGGAAGGGUGAGAGACCGGUGCUGGGUUUCUGAGCUGUGGUCCAACAUGAUAGUUACUCGUGACUCCGACAUCCAACAUGCUGGAGUGAGGAUACUUAUCCCUAUGGGUGAUAGGAGGUUUGUUGGCAAGGUUUUGUGCAUCCGGUUGAAAAGUAGAUAUUGCCAUACAUGUGUUAUCAAUGCGAUCAAGAG